GAGGACAUAUCUGAUUCAUAAUAAUGGCGUUUUCCAAAUCUAUCCAGAAGGUACAGGCUCCAAUGUCCUGUCAGAUGUGUGAAGAAUCCAGUGAGAUUAAAUGGAAAUGUUUACAAUGUAACUUUUUCUUGUGUACAAAAUGUCAGAAACUUCACCUAAAAGUUAAAUCCACUGACAAGCAUGUUAUCAUAGAUAUAAAAGAAAUUGCCUUUUACCAAAAGCAAGCAAAGGAUAGUGUGGAUUUUGGUAAUAUACCAUGUGAAAUUCAUAAUGGACAAAACUGCUGUUUAUUUUGUCUGACCUGUGAGGAAGUUGUCUGCCCUUUGUGUAUUGCUACAACUCACAACAAACAUAAUAUGAUUCAGUUAGAUGAAGGAUAUAAACUUACUAUAAAUGGAGUCAAAACUUUGAACUCUGAACUUGAAGAGCUAUUAUUAGAUAAUGUUAAAAGACUAUCUAAAGUAGAUUCUUUAAAAUCUUCUGAAGGCUCAAAAUAUGAAUCUGAGAAGCAGAAAAUUCUAAGUCAAGAUCAAGUUUUAAAGAAUGAAGUUGACCAUUAUACAAAGAAACUUUUAAGAGAUCUUGAAGACAGAUGGGAAACUCUGAAGUUAUCUUUAAAAGAAGAAGAAGACAGAUCACAAAAGAUCAACAAAGAUAUAGAACAAAGGAACAAAAAAUUAUACCAAGCCCUUCAAUCCAACAAUGCUAAUGAAGUCUUCAAUAAAUUUAAGGAAGAAAAAAGAAGCACACAACUCAGAACAAAAACUGUGAACCCAACAUUUAAAAGACUGCCACAGUAUGUAUCACAAAAACUACCUUUUUUAGUCUCACAACAUGGAGAGUUAAUUGACCCUGAGGAUGAGAAUUCACAGGAUGAUUUUGUUUUUAAAGUGAUACAGCAAUAUAAAACUGAAUUAAAUUUUGUUGAAAAUUUAGUGUGCUGUGAUUAUGGAAUGCUAUGGAUAGAUUAUGGAAAGGGUAAAACAUUACAGAAAGUACAGCCUAACAAAGAAUCAAUAAAUGUUAUCACAAACCUAAAUAUAGAAAUAUCUGACAUGGCUUUAUUACUAUAUGGUGGAUUGCUGCUAUGUACUAAAGAACCUGAACUAAAAAUAUUUCAGAAAAGAACUUCAGAAAUUGAAGAGACAAAAUACAGUGUAGCCCCAUUGAUUGGUAUAUCGGUUCAUGUAUCAGUUGGAAAUAAGAUUAUAGUGGGUGCUAGAAAUAGAGGAGAAAAGGCAUUCCCCAUCAGUGGUCCGAGAAAGGUCAUUGUGAUGGAUUUGGAUGGGAAAAAAGAGAAAGUGUAUCACUUAGAUAGUAAAAGGAAACCUAUAUUUUCUGUUCCUCGUAGAAUAACUUCUGACAAUAACGAUUACAUUUAUGUCAUAGACAUUCUAUCGGAAGAAGAUUGGAAAGGUAGGAUAGUGGCAUUAAAUAGUUCCAAUGGAGUAAGAUGGAUGUAUAGGGGUCAUCCAGAUAUGAAAAAAGAACAAAUAUUUCAGCCAAAUGAUUUAGUGGCAACAAAAUCAAACAAUAUUAUAGUCACUGAUGAUCAAAAUCAUAUGUUUCAUAUACUUAACAAAGGAAAAUGCAUUCGUUACUUGAAAGCUGAUGAGUUUGGUAUCAACCUCCCUUCGUCUCUAGACAUUGGAAUUGAAGGUCUGUUAUACAUAGGUUGUGGAACACAUGAAGAAGAACCAGCAGAAGCCAAAAUUUUUACUGUUCAAUUUUCUGGAUUCUGAACUAAAAUUAACUAUACAACUGUGGCAUAUAAAGGAUAACUAAAAUGACUUUUAAAAAAUCUUGAACUUUAUUUUCCCCCCUUUUUCAAUGAUCAAACAACACUGGACUAAAGAAAAGAAUUCCACUAUUCAAAUUUUCAAAUGUACUGUUGAUUGUAAUUGAGGUUUGUUUUUCUCUCUGAUGCAUACAUACUACUUAAAACUCAAUAGAGAUGUGGUAUGAUUACUAAUGAGACAAAUAUCCACCAGAGUUCAAUCAUGUGUCUGUCCCACA